GAAACAGAGGAGGAGGAUGGAGAAAGACGCUGCUGCUUGCUGCUCUUGUUCCUCUCAACAAAAUGGCGUCGGGUUUGAGCAGGCGGGGGCGGCGUGUGCCUGCGGGGAUGAACUGCGCUUUUCCAUGCCGGGGAAAUCACGUCGAGUUGCUCAGUCUAACGAGCGACUCGGGUUUUACUGAAAAAAAUAAGUUAUUUUACGAUGGGAUACUUUAUUCGGAGGGAAUCGUCGAAUGUUUGAGGUGACAGUAGCUGGGUUAACAUUAGGACAAAAUGGGCCUUCUCAGAAAGCCAACGAUAAUUGGAACCAAUAAGGAUAUUCGUUGGAGGAAGACAGAAGUUUCAGAUACCAUUUUUUUUAUUGCCAAUUAUUUUGAGUGAAUGGUGGUUUGGGAGUUGCUGCUAUUUGUAUUUUUAAAGGGCGUUGUGGAUUUCAUUAACUGCGCAACAAGAUGGCGCCUUCUCUUUCAAAGUACAAGGGAAAUAAAUAAAAAAAAACACAAGGACGCGUGACUGGGAUAGUACGCCCUGUAAUAGCUCAGCUGCCUAGUAACAGCGAAUGGAAGAGGCGACAGUAACUUAACGCCGCAUGGAGCCAACCAAUUAGAAGAGAGGCUAACAUGGGUGACGUGGAAGGUGCGCUGAGUCACUUGUCCUGGAGUCCUAUGGAGGGAAGGGCGCGUUCUCCUUUAGUGCUGCAGUGGUCAUUUUGUUGUGUUCCACUAGACGGCGCUCGUACAGCGAAAGAGAUGAUAACCAAUGGAAUACUCUCUCAGUUUAAGUGGGCGGAUGGUGCUAUGAUUGAUGUGCAAAUGAACCAACAGAAAUCUCGGAAACAAUAUGUAGGAGUGCCCAGUCCAGCCAAUCAACAUCCAGCAGUGUGUUUAUAUAAGACCGGCUUGAGGCUCCGAGGCGCCAUUUCGCUGAAGCGGAGAGCUGGAGUUGAGAGGGGGAAAGUCUUGAAGUGGUUUCUAGGAACGGAACCGCUACGCCCCCACGGGAGAGCCGGUACCUACACAAUCCGUUGCCAUCCGCAUGGAGACAGCAGUUAACCCGGUGUUUAAAAGGGUCUCUGUAAUUUGAGGGCUAUUUAAACAAGCUUUUGUUCCUGUUACUGCAACCUGGAUGGAGUCUUCUCAUUCAAAAAUUCUUUGUUCAUUGAUGAAUAAUUGCUAACAGUGUAUAUGUGACCACCUUUGGAUCUGAACCAUGGUAUAAUGGGACAGUCUGAGGGCACACCAGGGAAGCGUAUCCGCAAGCCUUCCCUUCUGUACGAGGACUUUGAAGGUCCCAAUAUGACAUCAAGUAUUUUCCACCAUGUGCCUCAAACCAAUCCACCACCUCCAGAGGUCAGCAACCCCAAGAAGCCUGGGCGUUCUACUAACCAGCUUCAGUACCUGCAUAAGGCUGUCGUGAAGUCUCUGUGGAAGCACCAGUUCUCUUGGCCUUUCCGCCAGCCUGUUGAUGCAGUAAAACUUGGUUUGCCGGACUAUCACAAGAUCAUCAAGCAACCAAUGGAUAUGGGAACAAUCAAAAAGAGACUGGAGAACAAUUAUUACUGGAGUGCACUAGAAUGUAUGCAGGACUUCAACACCAUGUUUACAAAUUGUUAUAUCUAUAACAAGCCAACUGAUGACAUUGUGCUGAUGGCUCAGAGCCUAGAGAAGAUGUUCCUGCAGAAAGUAGCCCAAAUGCCACAAGAGGAGCAAGAUAUCCCCAAUACAACAGCCAAAAGCAAACAAGGAAAGAACAGCAAGCCACAAACUGUCACAGGUGGGGUAACAACAGCACACCAAGUUCCAGCUAUAUCAUCUGUGUCUCAGCCUUCAGUCUAUAACAGUUCUCCAGAAGUGCCCACCACUAUUUUGAAUCUAGCACAACAAUCAAUGCUCUCCUCACCAAUUAUGAAAUCUAUGCCACCUUCCCAGACACUACUCCCUGUAGUACCGCCAAAUGCACAGCAGUUUGCAAAACAGAAAAAAGGUAUAAAACGAAAAGCUGACACUACAACUCCAACGACUGCAGCCAUUAUUGCCACUAGUGGAGAUUCAUCUCCUAUUGCCCUAUCUGAUACCAAACCAGCCAAAAUCCCUGCACGGCGAGAAAGUGGCCGUCCAAUCAAACCACCUCGUAAGGACCUUCCAGACUCUCAGCAGCAUCAGACUUCUAAAAAGGGGAAACUCUCUGAACAGCUAAAGUACUGUAAUGGUAUACUGAAGGAGAUGCUCUCAAAAAAACAUGGAGCAUAUGCAUGGCCUUUCUACAAACCUGUUGAUGCCUCUGGAUUGGGACUACAUGAUUACCAUGAGAUUAUUAAGUGCCCCAUGGAUUUGAGCACAAUAAAAAAAAAAAUGGACAACCGAGAUUAUCGUGACGCACAAGAGUUUGCAGCAGAUGUCAGAUUGAUGUUUUCAAACUGUUACAAGUACAAUCCCCCAGAUCACGAUGUGGUGGCCAUGGCAAGAAAGUUACAGGACAUUUUUGAGUUCUGUUAUGCCAAAAUGCCAGAUGAGCCUCUUAUGAUGAACCCUCCAUCGGUCUCAACACAGCUGCCACCAUCUGAUUCAAAGACUUCAUCUGAGUCCUCUAGUGAGAGCAGCAGUGAGAGCUCUGAUGACAGUGAGAGCUCCGAUGACUCUGAGGAGGAGAGAGCGAACAGACUGGCAGAGUUGCAGGAACAGCUUCGAGCUGUACACGAGCAACUAGCUGCUCUCUCUCAGGGUCCCAUCUCAAAGCCCAAGAAAAAGAGAGAGAAAAAGGAAAAGAAGAAGAAAAAGAAAUCUGAUAAAAAGAAAGCAAAAGAAGAUGAUGAGUGGAGGUCUGGCAAAUCCCGGUCAUCUCAGAACAAGAAAUCCUCUAAAAAAUCAGGAUCUGGAGGGGGUGCUACCAGCAGUUCCACCACUCCUGCAUCAUCUAAAAGUUCCAAGAAAUACUCUAGUAAAUCUUUGCCGCCACCGCCCCCUGUAAUGUAUGACUCUGAAGAAGAGGAGGAGAGCAAACCAAUGACUUAUGAUGAGAAGCGGCAACUGAGCCUGGAUAUUAACAAGCUUCCAGGAGAGAAGUUGGGGCGUGUAGUACACAUCAUCCAGUCUAGGGAGCCCUCCCUGAGAGAUUCUAAUCCUGAGGAAAUAGAGAUAGACUUUGAGACAUUGAAGCCUUCUACUUUGCGUGAACUGGAGAGAUAUGUGAUGUCCUGUUUAAGGAAGAAGCCUCGAAAACCAUACACUCCCCUUAACUCUGUGCUCUCUCCAGCACUUAAGAAGCCAGUUGGGAAAACAAAAGAGGAGAUUGCAAUGGAGAAGAAGAGAGAGCUUGAGAAGCGAUUGCAGGAUGUUAGUGGACAACUAAAUUCUGCUAAAAAGCCUCCUAAGAAAACACAUGAGAAGAUAGAGUCAGCACAACAAGUCUCUGUUUCCCGUCUCAGCGCCUCUAGUUCCAGCUCUGACUCUGACAGCAGCAGCAGCUCCACAUCUAGUUCUUCAGACACAAGUGACUCUGAUUCAGGUUGAGUGUAGUAGCUUAAAGGACAUUGAGCACCUUGAGUCGAAUGGACUGAGUGAGGGAGGCAGUGUUUAUUACACAUAAAAGGUUCUGAUUGGAUCUGCAGGAACAGACCCCCAACUGAACCAGACUUCUUAUAAGGAAGAAAUAAACGGAGGCCUUGAGGUGGGCAUCAACAGAUCCCUUCUAAUGAUAAAUGCAAGGGAGUUCAGCUGGGCAUUCCCAUCCUGGAGCACGAGGCACUAUCAUUUGCUUUGGGUCUGCCCUUAUGACUUGUGAAAUGAGUGUGCAGGAUUCCUAUAUGAGAGGCAUAAAUCUCAUGGUUCUGCAAGAGACCAUUGGGGAGGGUACAAAAUGGGUGAAGCAUCCGAAUUCUGUUUACAAGUUGUUAGUCGCACAGAUGUCUGGGUGGUGUCGUUUUAAUGCUGCUUGAGCUGUUCGCUGCGUGUUUUAAUGACUGGAUUUCAGAUGUAGUUGAAGGCUGAAUGCAGUGUUCAUGCUUCCUCUUAGUUUUCCAUUAUGCUCACCAAGCUAGUGUGCAGGUCAUCUUCACUACUCUGUCCUUGGAGGUUUAGGGAGUUUAAAGAAGAAAAAGUGGAUAUUGGGACUCCUUUAUAGCCUUAUGUUUUAGGCACCUUUUUAAGGCACUUUGAGGCUUUUUAUACUAGUUUAAGAAGUGUUCACCCUUUCAACACCAGAGAGAAGUAUCUUUACAUCCCAACCCUCCAGCUUUUUUCAGCAUGCAAGGGAAUCUGUCUCUGGGCACACAAUCCAGUGUUGUUGGGCAUCCUAACUACAGAGCUCAAAAUAGCUUUUUUUUUUUUUUUUAUGUUUUUGUAUUUAUUUUAAACCAGUAAAGAAGGAAAUUUUGUUUUCUCUUUGUUUUAUAAUGUAAAAUAAUUGCAGAGGGCACCCUGUUGAUACAGGGGCCAGUGUAGAUGUAAAUCUUUUAUAAACAGUGUAUAUAAAUAUUCAAAGUUGCACAAGCAGCAUGUUUCUCAACGUAAAGGGUACCUUUUUUUUUUUUUUACCUGGGAAGAGGAAAAUAUACAUUAUUCCCUACUGUUUGUCUGUAUCACUGCUCUUAUUUGGGCUAAUUUUUUUUUUCUUUUUUUUGUCUUUCUCUUAUUUUUCUGUUCAAACCCUUUAGUAUGGAAACAUGUAAAUAAAGAACUAUACUUCUGGUAAAGUCUAA